UGGGAAUAGAAAUCAUGCAGCAUAAACUAUCCAAUGCAUUUUGAUGGGAAUGGGGGAAAGACAAUGGGAAUAGCAUACAUUCUCGCCACUUGAACCUGGAUCAUUGCUCUCAUCAUCUUUUGAUUUCAAUCACAUCAAAGCAAAGAUGACUUCAAAAGACUACUCAAAAGCUGAUGACGGAACAAAGAUCGUUAGCUUUGAUCCUUGGCUUGAACCAUUCGUGGACGGAUUACGAUCUCGUUAUUCCGUUUUCAAGAAAUGGUACGAUCAAAUUCAAAAGACAGAAGGUGGUUUGGCUAACUUCUCAAAAGGAUACGAAAAGAUGGGACUGCAUGUUGACCCGCAAUCACAAGCUGUAACAUAUAGAGAAUAUGCUCCCGGUGUAGAACAAGCAAGUUUGAUCGGUGAUUUCAACGGAUGGAAUCGUGAUAGUCAUCCAAUGCAAAAAGAUCAAUUUGGAUUUUGGACAGUUACCGUACCAGCCUCAAAUGGAAAAUGCCCAAUCGAACAUGGAAGUAAGAUCAAAAUUAGCAUGGUGACUCCGAGUGGAGAACGAAUCGAACGUCUUCCUGUUUGGAUCAAUUAUGUUACCCAAAAUCUUGCUGUAUCUCCAGUAUACGAUGCAAUCUUUUGGAACCCACCAGAAAGCCAGAGGUACAAAUUCAAGCACCCUCGUCCCCCGAAACCAGAUAAUGUCAAGAUUUAUGAAGCGCAUGUCGGAAUUGCUUCACCUGAGCCUCGGGUAGCAUCAUACAAAGAAUUCACACAAAACAAUCUACCUCGAAUUAAAGAGUUGGGAUACAACGUCGUACAAAUUAUGGCAGUUCAAGAGCAUGCAUACUAUGGUUCUUUCGGUUACCAAGUCACGAAUUUCUUCGCUCCUAGCAGCAGAUACGGAACACCUGAUGACCUCAAAGAGCUAAUUGAUGUAGCCCAUUCGAUGGGCAUUACUGUUUUGCUCGAUAUCGUUCACUCCCAUGCAUGCAAGAAUGUGUUGGAUGGUUUGAACAUGUUUGAUGGAACAGAUUAUCUCUACUUCCAUGGAGGAGCUAAAGGAAGACAUGAACUGUGGGACAGUCGUCUUUUCAACUAUGGAAAUCAUGAAACACUGAGAUUCCUAUUGAGCAACUGCAGAUGGUGGAUUGAAGAAUAUCAAUUUGACGGAUUCCGCUUCGAUGGUGUCACCAGCAUUCUCUACAAUCAUCAUGGUAUCGGAACUGGUUUCUCUGGUGGAUAUCACGAAUACUUUGGACCUUCUGUAGACGAAGAAGGUGUUGCUUACUUGAUGUUGGCAAACGUGAUGAUUCACGAGAUCUUACCAAGUGCCAUUACGAUUGCCGAAGAUGUUUCAGGAAUGCCUGCGUUAUGCAGACCUGUGGAUGAAGGAGGUCUUGGAUUCGAUUACCGUUUGAGCAUGGCUGUUCCUGAUAUGUGGAUCAAGAUGUUGAAAGAACAACGCGAUGAAGAUUGGGAUUUGGGUAACGUUUGCUUCACAUUGACAAACAGACGUCAUGGUGAAAAGACGAUCGCGUAUGCUGAAUCUCAUGAUCAAGCAUUAGUGGGUGAUAAGACAUUGGCAUUCUGGUUGAUGGAUAAGGAAAUGUAUACAAACAUGUCUGAUCUUACCGAAAGGACUCCAAUCAUUGACCGUGGUUUGGCAUUACACAAGAUCAUUCGACUGCUUUCUCAUAGUUUAGGUGGAGAAGGCUAUCUCAACUUUAUCGGUAACGAAUUCGGUCAUCCUGAAUGGCUCGACUUCCCACGUGAAGGUAAUAAUUCUUCUUUCCAACAUGCACGAAGACAAUUCAAUUUGGUCGAUGAUGAAUUGUUACGAUACAAAUAUUUAUACUGGUUCGAUGCAGCUAUGAACAACUUGGAGUCUGGCUUGCACUGGCUUUCAUCUCCACAAGCAUACAUUUCGCUCAAACAUGAAUCAGAUCGAAUGAUUGCAUUCGAACGUGCAGGUGCGGUAUUCAUUUUCAAUUUGCAUGCAACUCAAUCUUACACGGAUUAUCGAAUUGGAGUUGAAGUACCGGGAGAAUAUGUGAUUGGGUUGGAUACGGAUGAUAAGAAAUUCGGUGGUCAUGGUAGAAUCGAUCAUGCUCAAAGUAGAUUCUUUACUUCACCAUUGGAAUGGAACGGAAGAAAGAACUUCGUUCAAGUAUACCUACCAAGCAGAACGGCCAUCGUUUUGGUAAAGGCGAAUUAAGAAAUGUACCUG